AUGUCGUGUACGCAUGAUCACGACUGCGAGGAUCACGAGUGCUCCUCCGAUUGGUCACUCUACAAGCACAUUGAUCUCUCCAAGGUGACUGCUCUGAACGAGGCUGUUUCCGGAAGUGUCAAAUCGGUCUUCAAAGCGUGGGAACAGCGAUUACAAUCUUCUGAGGAGCAUUUGGAGAGCAAUGAGGGAGACCCUGAAUUGCUUGUCUUUGUACCAUUCACAUCAGACGUGAAGAUCAAGAGCAUAUCAGUUGUUGGUGGCCCCGAUGGAACAAGUCCUUCUAAAUUAAGAGUGUUCUUGAAUCGCGAAGGGAUCGACUUCUCAGACGCUGCGAGUAUGCAAGCCGUUCAGGAAUGGGAGUUAGCUGAAAAUUUGCAAGGAGUCUUGGAAUACCAGACAAAGUAUUCGAAGUUCCAGAGUGUUGGGAACAUCACAUUGCAUUUUCCUGAGAGCUUUGGAGGUGACACAACUCAAAUACGUUAUAUAGGGUUCAAAGGUGAAGCAACCAAUUUGAAAAGGGAUGUUGUUGCGACAAUCGUAUAUGAGAUUAGACCAAAUCCUUCAGACCAUAAGACCAAGGCUGAGACUGGUGGAGGCUUUUCACAAGUUUGA